GCACUCCCAGGCGUCUUCUGGCUGCCUUGGACCAUCGCUUUUCUCCGAUGCUCGACGAGACCCUGGAGGACCGGCUACGCCGUGACGGCUUCAACGAGACGAUGAUCCAAGAGCUGGCGAGCGGCAUGGUUCGCGUGAACUACGGCCAAGGCCUCAGCAUUGGCGCCUUCGUCGGGGCUGUGGCGCUGUGCGGCUCGCAGGGACCUCUUUGGGCCGUAGAGGGCGGCAACCAGAUGCUGGCCACGAAGAUGAUGGAGUCUUCUCGUGCUACGCUGCACAGAGCCACCGUCCGCAAGGUGGAAGCCCACGACGGGAGGUACCGGCUUCACGCAGACAUCAAGGAAGGGGAAGUUCUGACUGACGAGGGCUAUGAUCUG